AUGUUGCUCCUGUCGAAGGUUGACGCAAAUUUGCUUCAGUACAGUAGGGAAACUGUAUCAGAAAAUGCGGUAAACUUGUAUUUGAAUGGUGAAAAUAAUUCUGGACAGAGAACUAGGCCAUUUGACCUUCACAAUAGUCAAUAUGCAAACACAAUUGAACUGUCUAAUAAUGAAUAUGUUUCAUAUCACUUAUCGAGGGAUCAUUCCGUAAUCACUGUUUACACUCUGGGGAACACCGCUUUCGGCAAGACAAUCAACAUCCAUCUUCCCUGUUCCUCAAUGAAUAAGCAAUACACUCUUACUGUCCAAGAGAUAGAUGAAAAAUUGACGAUCAGUGUUAUUUUGCAGGAUGGUCUAUACCUGGUUAUGGAACUCCCACUGGAUACCAUUUUUUCUGGCAAGACAAGUGUAGGUCAUGAUUGGCUUAAAGUACUUAACCCCUACGAUUUCAGUAUCAGACGGCCCCACCUACUCUAUCCAGUAUCAGAAGAUUUUUAUAUUGCGUUCCUCAACGAUGGAGGCUUGCUAGGUUUGAGAAAGACCAGAGAUUCGGAUCUGGAGCCAAUCUUGUUCAAUGACAAUUCAUAUCUACAAAGUCUCACGCAAAUGUUUUCGAGGAAAAAUGGCAGUAAAAGCGAGAAAGCUAUUAGCUGUCUGGUGUUUGCGAAAAAAUUCCUAGUUGUUUUAACUCAAAGUUGUCACCUCAAGGUAUGGGACCUGACAACACUGCAUCUGGUUCUUGAUAAUGAUUUAUCCAGGAACAAUCUCACUGAAAUCAGUACCAUCAAUGGACACGAAGAUCCUGGGAAUUAUAUGACUCUUUUGAACAACUGGCUUGUAAUAUAUCUGCCAUUCGGAAAUGGUCUAUUCCACAUCGGAACAUUAGCUCUAGACGCUACAGGAAAGCCAAACUUUUCCAAAAUCAACGAAGUGUCUGCAAAUUUGUCAUCAUCGUCAAUUUGGACUCUUGUGGAUAUGACACUUCUAAAACCUUUAGAACUAGCCACAGACGCCAGUUACCUGAAUCUUGUUGUCCUAUGGAAAAGCGGCAUGAUCAGUAAAGUACAAAUUCUGAAUCUUAUGGACGAAGAUCUGCAGCUUUAUGAGUGGAUCGAGGCAACUAACAGGUCAUUGAAUGAUAUUGAAGCGGAGCAGGAUCUCAAUGUAAACGGUGAUGCUGAAAGAGGUUUACAGAAUCUGAAGACUCGCUAUAGUAACGAAAUCUUCGAACGUGCACAGCAAAUCCUAAGUGAAAACCAUAUACUUAAACCGGCAGGAGAGCUGGAUUCCAUGGACUAUCUAGCAAAUCUCGAAACAGUCCUAAGAGACUUGAAAAAUAAAGCGGAUGAAGUUUCAUCGUUGACAAUAUACAUGGACGAAAUCCUUGUGGUAAAUUGUCUGCAGAAGUACAAUCAUUCUGUGUACAAGAUAAAUUCGACACUUGAGAACGUUUAUUACGACAUCUACGCCGAGGUUAAUGAUGACGAGCUCAAAAGGUACUUGAAAACACUGCAUUGUUUUUCAGCCACCCUCUCGAAAGACGUCUUACAAAAUGUCUCUAACGGCUUCAUUGAUAUUGCUAACGGUAGUAUGAGCAAAUCAUUAUCUCUAAAAGAGAAGUUUACAGAUGUUUACAGAUCAUAUUUGAGCUCCAACUUUGAAGUAUCCAACUUGAAACUUUUGUUUGACGAGUUAAACACAUUCGAUGUCAUUCCUCUGCUGAACAAUCUUAUCGAAAAUCAUUUGCGCAGUCACACAGCCCACGCAAGGGAUUUUGUUGAUUCAUUAACAGUUGAUAAUUUCACAACAGUCACGAUAAUGGAAAGUCUAUUCCAAAUGAUUGCCCUACAGAAACAUUUCGUGUUACAGGUAUUGUUGGCUUUCGCAUUCUUAGACUUUGACGAUGAAAUGUUUGUUAACCAGCUAGAAUCCCUGUUAGAUUUGCACUUUAGGCAAUCUUUGAUACUGGGUUUGUACCAAAUCGACAAAACCCUUUUUAUUAGCGAGUUAUUCAACCACACCACAAAGUUCAGAUCGGGUAUCCAACUGCACUCUUAUUCUGAAUGGUUCAGUUUUUUGAGCUACACACUUUCUAAGCUUUGGGAAGGACCUAUUAACAGCAAUCCCUACUUCAUAAGUUUCUUUGACUCCUAUGUGAUCCAGCAUGGCAUUGCUGGUGAUGAAAAAAUAACCAAAACCAAGUUGCUGCUUCAGAAUAUAGGAUGGCCUUUCUAUCUUCGCAAUAAUCAAACUCAGGAAUUUAUGUUAGCGAUGAUGUUUUUUGCAUGCGAGAAGUACGACGAAGCUUAUGAGUUCUUCCACCUGCAUAAUUAUCCAGAGUCCAUUGCAAACUCCUUACCAGAAUGUCUGCGGGAGCUUGGGGAUGAAAACUACAAAAGUAUGUGGUCACCGCUUGUCUCUUCAAUGGCUGUCGCGUAUAGGCACUCAAAAUUCGAAUAUGAACUUGCACUGUUGUUCACUCAAGCGCAUAGUACAGAGUUAGCAUACAAGUGUAUCAAAAAAUCCAUCGAAUAUUCAAUGAGGGAAGUUGAAAUUGAAGAACCACAAGAUUAUAAGGAGAGACAAUUGAAACUCUAUCUCAAUUUAUUAUUCCAUUUUGACAUGUUUUCAGAGGCUUUGGACGUCUUGCGGUUCAACCAUAAUACGCUUUCGGAGGAGAUAAGAACUACCUAUUAUAAAUCAGCGCUAGAAGGGACAAAUCAACAAGGAUCUUUUCUCGCAAUGCUGCUAAACUUAUGCCAUUCAAAUGAUGGCUCUAAAUUAUACUUGCCCACGUCCGAUUAUCAGAUCAUCGACAAUAUAUUAGUGUCGCAUCUGCAAGAUGAAAGUUGGGAAAGUUAUAAACAAUUAUACAGUUUUCGCAUGAUGAAUAAGCACGACAGGGCGGCUGCUGAAUUGAUUUACCAAUACUUGACCCUUAUCGCAAGUAGUUUGGAGUCGAGAAAAAAAUGCUACUUAAUAAUCGUUAAUGUUUUGUCAACAUUUGACAACGAGCAAGAUCAAUGGCUAUUGAACGGUUGCAACAUUAUCACUUUGUCGGAACUCAAAUUCGAACUAGCGAAUAUAUAG